CCGCGCUGGUCGAGCUGGCUGGGGGGCCUCGCAGCCUGAGGGGGGGGCCUGAGCCGCGAGCCCCGAGCUGCCUGCCAUUCGCGCGCCGUCUCCCGGCAACGGGAGCGCGCGCCGCCAGCGCACAAUGCACGCCCGCCUCUAGCCUCCGCGCGCUAGCGCAGGCAGGCAGUCUGGAGGAGAGAGCCGCGGAAGCCUCUCGCCCGCCGGACAGAGCUCGCUAGUCGCUUCAAAUGGGAGGAGUUUUGAGCAAGCUCCGCCCCCCGCAGCCGGCCCCCGAUCCGGAAGCCAGGAGCCGGCUCCCACCCGCCCGCCCGGCCUUCCUCGCAAGCCGCGCCCGCCCCACAAGCCCCGCCCCGCCUUCCCCCUGGGCCCGCCGAGAUCCCAUUCAGCCCUCAGUCCCCACUCGUUUCCUCGGGUCCCCUCGGAGGCCUUCCCGCCGGAUCUGUAGGACUUCACCACACCACUUUGGCAUAACACGUCCAAGACGAUACCCAAUUCAGCAGGGCCGGUAUUCCUGUGUGCUUCCCACGCUGUGCCGGAAUGGCGGUCACAGGAAGCGUGUGCUGUCUCGCGGUCAUUCCAGAGUGGUGUGCAGGCCUUCGACAGUGAGGAUCGCUCCUCCUGGGAGCAACCUGGCUCGUUUUCCAAUAGCAGUGCAGAUCCCUAAGGCCCCAGACCCGUGGUCAAAGGAGGCUGUUCUGCUUGCCCUCGAAUGUUGGAAGAGGAAGAAAAGGACAGUGGAGGAGGAGGAAGACCAAACAUCUGCUGCUGGUCAGGAGGAGAAAAGAAGGUGCCAUGACAGCAGUGGGAGUGGCCAUUCAGCUUUGAAGCCCGAGGUGGCCAACGGAGUCCCUGCUGCUUUUGUGCCUGAGCCUGGGCCUCUGAAGAGAGACCUCAGUUCCCAGAGCUCAGAUGGUGAACUGCAUAAGAGACCCUGCUCCUCUGCUGUGAGCUGCUCGAAGGGCACGUGCGCAUGUGGCAUCCGUAUGUCCAGCCGCAAUGCCAUUACCAGUUCCUACACUUCUACUGGAGGCAUCUCUCAGCUCUGGAAGAGGCGUCCCAGUGCCUCCUCACCCUUCUCCAGCCCAGCCUCCUCCUGCUCACAGACACCAGAGUGUCCAGAAAAGAAGAUGAGAGAAGAGGACGGUCCUCAGGGAUUUGGCUCUUCCACUCCGCCGGUAAACAAGGAGUCCCAGGGAGAACAGACCACGCCCAUGGCCCGUUGGCCCCUGCAGACACCUGGCCUUCUGGGCCCUCUUGGCUCUUCACAGUCAGGGCCGCUCCCCGGCCCCUCCCCAGACUCCAGAUCCACAGCCUCUUUCUUGGGGCUGACCCCUGCCUCUCCCGCAAUACCAGGCAGUGACGCCACCAAGUCCCCUCCAGCCUCUCAGGCUGAGACAUCUGCCAAACCCCAGGCCCCGCCUGCCCCGGGCCCCACCCUGAAGCCCAGUGUUCUCUUUGGAACGCUGGGCAGACCACCUGCUAACCCUUCUGCCGCAGCAGCUCCUGCUGUGUCUUCAGCACAUCCCAUGUUCAAGCCCAUCUUUGUGGCUCCAUCUAAAAGUGGGAAGGAGGGUCCUGUGCCAUCCAGCCGUUCCCAAGUCACAACGGAGGCAUCUUCCAGCUCUGUGAACACCCCGACUACCACCAGACUGCCCCUCCCUUUCAGUCCUGUUUUUAGCAGCACAGGGCUACCUACAUCUUUGCCCUUGUCAACUCCUUCCUCCUUCAGUCAGACAACUACUUCAGGCACUAGCAUGAAUGCCCCUCUGUUCCCUGGCCGGGCCAGUGUCAGCGUCCCCUCAGCAGCGGCUUGGGGGACCACCACCGGCACAGCCGCAGACUCCGCCCGGAAGCCUGUCUUUGGCUCUGGUGUGAGCGAUGUGACCAACACUGUGAGCAGCAUGACCAGCCCCACUGCUUCCACUGCCCAGCCUGUCCUCUUUGGGUCCCCCCUUGCCUCUGCUGAGUUCUGCCCAGCCAUGGGCUCCAUACUCCAGUUUGGCACUCUGGCCACGCCUGCUCCAACAACAGCCAUCACCUUCAGCCAGUCCCUGCCCGGCGCCAUCCAGACAGCUGCUAGCAGCAGCACAGCCAGUUUCGGUGACUUCAGUGGCACCCUCACGACCUCCACCCCCAUUGCCCCGAGCCAGCCUGCACUGACAUUUAGCAGCAGUACCACCCCAGUCUUCAACAUUCCCUUUAGUUCCGGCACCAGGCCCCCCGUCCCAUCCUAUCCCGGAGUCACCCCACAGCACACGUUCGGAGCCACUGACAGACAGCAGAUGUGGACUGAGCCAGCACUGGCCCCCAGCUUCGGCAGCUCCUUUCCUUUCGGAAGCCCAGCCAGCCUUUGGCAGCACUCCACCAUCUCGGACUUUGGAGCUACGACCCAGAUCAACAGCAGCGGUGGCAGCACAACCUCAUCACACGUCACAUCUGGGGUGUCAGCAGGCCCCGCUGCCAGUGGGGACUUUGGGAUGAGCAUGUCAGCCCCCCACAGCAGCUCCACCACUAGUGCAUUCAACUUUGUGGCAGGACGGAGUGGGAGAACUGGUGGCACGGCCCAUUUCUGGGGAUGCCUGAGUGAGAACUCCCUUGGUGCAGCUGGCCAGAGCACACUGUUUGCCAUCUACGUGGCCAGCACACCUCAGAACACGUCUGUGCUUGCAGCCAUCACCUCGGCCUUUGCAGCUAUGACUCUGACCACCAGCAGUGGGAGCAGUAGGUCAGUGGUCGGCAGUACUUCUUUAUCACCCAUCACGUCCAGGGUGUCAGCAGGUCCCGCUGGCAGUGGGGGUUUUGUGAUCAGCAUGGCUGCCCCCGACAGCAACUCCACCACUGGGUCAUUCGGAUUUGGGUCAGGAUGGAGUCGGAGAACUGGUCUCAAGAACCCUUUCUGGGGCGCCUUGAAUCAGAACUCCCUGGGUGCAGCUGGCCAGAGCACACCCUCUCCCAUCCACGUGGCCAGCACACCUCAGGACACGUCUGGGAUUGCAGCCAUUACCUCUGCCUUUGCUGCUAUGACCCUGACCACCAGCAGCGGGACCAGUAGCUCAGUGUUUGGCGGUACUACCUUAUCGCCCGUCAUGUCCAGGGUGUCAGCAGGUCCCGCUGGCAGUGGGGGUUUUGUGAUCAGCAUGGCUGCCCCCGACAGCAACUCCACCACUGGGUCAUUCGGAUUUGGGUCAGGAUGGAGUCGGAGAACUGGUCUCAAGAACCCUUUCUGGGGCGCCUUGAAUCAGAACUCCCUGGGUGCAGCUGGCCAGAGCACACCCACUCCCAUCCACGUGGCCAGCACACCUCAGGACACGUCUGGGAUUGCAGCCAUCACCUCGGCCUUUGCUGCUAUGACCCUGACCACCAGCAGCGGGACCAGUAGCUCAGUGUUUGGCAGUACUACCUUAUCGCCCGUCAUGUCCAGGGUGUCAGCAGGUCCCGCUGGCAGUGGGGGUUUUGUGGUCGGCAUGGUUCCGCCCCACAGGAGCUCCACCACUGGAUCAUUCGUAUUUGGGUCAGAACGGAGUGGUAGAACUGGUCUCAAGAACCCUUUCUGGGGAGCCUUAAAACCGAGCUCCCUGGGUGCAGCUGGCCAGAGCACACCCACUCCCUUCCACGUGGCCAGCACACCUCAGAACACGUCUGGGUUUGCAGCCAUCACCUCAGACUUUGGAGCUGUGACACAGACCACCAGCAGUGGGACCAGUAAUUCAGUGUUUGGCAGCACUACCUCAUCGCCCUUCACGUCUGUUGUGUCAGUGGGCCCUUCUCACAGUGGGGGCUUUGGGAUGAGCGUGGCUGCCCCCCACAGCAGCUCCACCACUGGGGCGUUCGGCUUUGGGGAGGACAGAGUGGGAGCACUGGUGGCAUGACCCCUUUCUGGAGUGGCUUGAUUAAGAACUCUCUGGGUGCAGCUGGCCAGAGCACACCCUUUGCCUUCCACGUGGCCAGCAUGCCUCAGAACACGUCUGUGUUUGCACAUCAGAUUUGGAAUGGGCUCGCUGCCGGAGUCCAGCUCCAGCUGACGUGUGGGUCACGAAGGAAAGGACAGCGUCAGCGAGUGAGAUCAAUGAGGAGACAAAACACCCAAUUAAAGUUGUAACAUCUCCUGACAUCAAGCAGCAGGGUCUUUAUUUUUGUAUCUUUUUACGGUUUACAUAAUGUUGAACAUUUUUUAAAAUUAUGAAUAAUACAAUCCUUUUUCUGUCAGUUUACGUAAUUUCAGCUUAUUACCCUUAAUUAAAUAUCAUUAUUUCUUCUAA